CGAGUCCGACUCCCCUACGGCGGCUGCAGAGGGGCAAUCUUCCUUCGCGAAAGGGCCGUCGGCCAGCCCAAGAACUGGAUCGUUCCUCUCCCACCUCCCGCCCCGGCCUCGACCUCCCAGGGCUGGUUCCGCCCUGGUUCUGGGUAGCAUUUUGGCCCACCAGGCCCUGGAAGUACCUGCAUUGCGCUUGUCACAAAAGGACAUCCAGACCUUAAGAAGUGUGGGUGAGACACACAUAGCACCAUUGGACCUGAAGGCAGAUGGCUCUUCUUCAGACCAACAAGGAUCUCAUUUCUGCAGGAAUAAAGGAAUUUAAGACUCUGCUCAAUCAGCAGGUCUUCUCUGAUCCUGUCAUCUCUGAAGAAGCCAUGGAGACUGUGGCAAAUGACUGGGUGAACUUCUACAUCAACUAUUACAGGCAGCAGAUGGUGGGGGAGCAGCAAGAACAGGACAGGGCCCUGCAGGAACUUCGACAAGAGCUGACUACUCUGGCUGCCUCUUUCCUGGACAAAUACAGGAACUUCUUGAAGUCCUUGUGAGCACCACAUCACCCACUGUCUUUCUCCUGGCCCGGAGACCAAGGCUGCGUCUCUAAGAAACCCUUAGAUGCUGCCUCUGUGUUCUUCAAUCCUCAGGCUGUGCUCCUUUGUGGUGUUGCUGUACCCUGACACCUCAAUAAACAUCAGUACUGGUUUUGAUGGUU